AUGGAGGGGGAGCAAGCUCUGUGCGAGGGACAAUCUUCCGGUUCUCUGCGCACAGGAAGCGUGCUGCAGACACUGAACAAAUUGGUGCUGGAGGGUGUGGGGCUGCAGGCUCAAGUCCUCCAACUGAAGGAAGACCUGCCACCAUCAUUCCAAUUGGAUGCCAAACCCAGCUUGGCCCCAGUGCUCUUUGAUUUCAAAUACCUCCAUCAUCCAUCAUACCAGGAGGACAAAGUGGCCUCAAACAAGCAGCUCGUUGCACUGGAUGCCGAGUGCAAACAGAACUUCUCUUCCCUGGUUGAGGCAGGAUACAGUCUAUUUGAGUGCACAGUUCAGUUUCAUAGCGAGGUGGCAGGGUUCUUGAGCGACGUUGAAGCUGGGAGAUAUGUGCAAACCAGCCUGGAGGCCAUCAUGCAGGAUCAUGAGCGUCAGCAGCUACUGUUGGAAGUUCUGUAUGCACUGGCAUCACUGCUCCUUUUGAUUGAUCGCUCCAUUCCUGGAGCAUUGCGGGAACGAAUUGCAGUUGCACACUGCCGAUACAAGUGGGGUUUUGAGAAUCGACCUCCGACGGCAGAGACAGUGUUUCAGCUGUGCAGACGCACAGGGUAUGUUCCGAACAGACACCCCCCACCAGGGUACCCUGAGGAGUACUUGACACGGUUUCCACUCCCUGAGCAGGCCAUCCGCUUUGCCAUCGGCUGCUUGUUGUCAGCAGAUGUGUACUCCGCCAUACCACACUACCCCAACCCAUCGCACCGCACCACAGCUCUGUCUACCCAGGCCUCGUACGCCUUUGUGUUGCUGUUCUAUGUUCCUCAGAUACUGCACAGAGAUGCUGGUAUCAUGCAGAAGGUUGUGGAGCGUUUCUUCUCUGAUCGCUGGGUGUUGAGCUGGGCCCCUGGGGAAGUGGUUGACCUGGGGCAUGAAUGGACGAACUUUAGCAGAGCUCGGGCAGCACUCAGUAGGGCGAUACCACCCGCCAGGGCAAGAAAGCUACGACAACAGCAGCUGGAACGGGUUGGGGGUCUCGUUGGGGAACUCAACAGGUAUCUUCGGGCUGGAGGACUGCAAGAGGACGUUCUGCUGCAGCAGAAUUCUGACAUAUUCAGUCUCAUCCGUGAGGGUAACGUCACAGCACGCUGGAUCCUUUUGCAUGGCUUCUCAACUUCGCGCAGGCAACAAAGCAACUGCAAUGAUGUGGCUCAGCUCAUUUUGAACCUGGCUGCAUUUGAGUAUGAAGUCGGAAAGCGAUACAAGCAGCUGCUGGACACGAGCCAAGCCAGGAGAGCCAAGAGCUGUCAGAUUGUCAAGGAAAACCUACGGAACCUUGCAGAGCUCUGUCGCACCCCCCCCAAAGGAAGUUCGCAUCAGCGAGAGUCACACCUGGGUUUCUGGCUGCAACGAUGUGAAUGGGAACUGGAUACCCUUGGCCAAGACUCACCACGCAAGACUGCUGAGAAGCUGCGGUCUCUUCGACGAGCCGUUGAGGACAUGGGGCAUUUUGGUAGACUAGAGAACCUGGCACCACGCAGCCCACGCCUUGUACAAGAAAUUCUGAGUAACCUCAAGCUCAUGAUCCAGUUUGCUAAUGUCAGCCAGGGGCUGCUUGAAACGUUGAGGGUUGUGCGAGAGUUUUCCUAUGCUUUGAAACUGAUGCUGGACGAUGAGGCUAUCAGGCAGCUCAGGACGUUGACAUCGAGAGAUCCCAAAAUGUUGUGGAAGCUUGGAUGCCUUGUGUUGAAGAUGAAAAGUAUUAUGGAUGUACCUGUCAUCUGCGGGAAGUCAGGGGACAGGGAGCCACAUCCAGCCAUGUUGCAAUUCCUUGACAGCAAAGUGGUGUCCUUUGCUGAAGCAGUGGUCGAUCAUGUGCCAAUAUGUGUAUGCGAGGCCCUGGACAGAAUCGCAUACAUCCACGCCCGAGUCAUCAACAAGAAACCAGACGUUAAGCAACAGAGCGUCGUUCGAAGGAGACUGAUGGAGGACAAAAGCAAGGACAACGAUGCAGAGGAUGAGGAAGGCAAUGGUGAUGCCUAUGGCAGCCUGGUGAAGCUCAUUGCACGAAUUGCCAAGUUCUCAAAGGGUGUCACCGCCAUUGAACAGUGCUUGGAAGGUGCAGUGUCCUUGAGGCUUCGCCAUGAGCUUGAGGAGCACCUGAGGAGGCACGUUGCCAAGCGGCUGGCUGUGCUGUGCCACCAAGGCAUGUAUUUCAGCAACACAGCACCUCCAUUUACAUUUGCCAGCGUCAGCCUCCAUGGAGCUGCCUUCACAUCAGGCAAGACAUUUUCAGGAAAAAUCUCAGGCUGUCAAGAGUUUGAAGAGAAGUUGACUGAGCUGAGGGACAGUCUGGGGGCUUAUUGCAAGGCUCUGCUGUGUGUUCAAGACUAUCUCAGGAUCUCUGGCUUGAGUCUGUGGAAUGACGAACUGGCACUCGUUAUUGCUGUGAAGCUGCAGGAGGAGUGCCAGUCGAUGGAGCAGGGUUUGCCUUGUGAAGCUGGUGCUUCUUCAAAGAGAGUGGUGAAGGGUGACAGCGACUCUGCGGUGACUUUUCUGGGUCGCCUAAGUCGGGAGGUGAUACGCCUAACAUCUCCAGCAACAACACACUUUUCCAAAGGUGGCAACUGCUGGUUGGAUGCAGAGGGCAACACAGUGUUCGGCAUGGAGAGUGUUUCCACAAUUCGUGCGUGCAUUGGCAGCCGUGGCCUUGCAGCCCUGGAUGCUCUGUUGUCCGCAAGGCUAAGCUCGUUGUUUGACAGAUUGCACAGAUAUUGCAAAGAGGUUGUGAGUCAGUCUGCAGACUCCACUGAUCGUUGGGCACACCAGUUGGCGGAUUGUGAAGGCCUGGAAUUCCCACAAGGUGGAGCUGCAUGGUAUGUCAACACAGUCAACAGUGUUGGCAAGCGGUUUUGGGCACCGCUGUUGGACAUCAUGGCUGCCAUUGGACAAUCCCAGCUCUUGCGACGGCUUCUUGCACUGGAGCUGCAGAACGGGUGCAUGCUUGAUGCCCCUGCCUCAUUGUCACGGUCUCUCGCUGGAUUGCAAGAGCACAUUCAAAUGAGGAUGUUGGCCGAGGAUGAUCGUGACCUUAGUGAGGAUGGUCCGAUCCUCAGCUCAGAGGACACCAAUGUUGAGUCAGAUGACCCAAUCUGUUCAGGUCAGGAGACAGGGAAUGCGGCCACCAGCGGGGCAGCCAGUGACACAGGUGGAGGGCGCAGCAUGGGCUGCGCAUCUGAACUUGGAGAGGUGCCAGUCACCACCGCUGACCACCCUAUUUCUGUGAACCCAGUUAGAGUAGAUGUGAUCGAUGUUGCCUUGCGCACUGAAGGGGGAGAAAGACUUGAUGAUGGAUUGCUUGCCAAUGGUGCACUGCAGCAUGCUGAGGAUGCACACGCAGGAUCGGAAAGCGCUGCGGCUGGCAUCCAGGAUGAACAGGUGUGUGUUGGCAUGGAGGGCAACGGCGCUGCCAGCGGAGAAGCUGCAUGCACUGGCCAGGCUGCUGACGAUGAACCCAGGCCACCCUGUGCACCCUCUAUGCAGACGAACUUCAACACAAUCCCUACCGCCACAACAGAAAGCUCCACUCAAGACUGCGGAUGUCCAUCUCCUUUCACCCAGGGGCCCCCCAAGGGGGCAGCGUCGAUGGAUGAUGACAGUGCCGCUGGCCCCAUCUGGCGACCACCAGACGAUGUGGAGGGUGGGAAUGCCCCCGCUAUGUGCGAAGCCCCAUGGCCAAUUGCCGACGCAGGCAGAGAGUCAAGGUCGAUACGAGUGCGCCGCAAUUCAGAUUCCCCCUUCAUGGGGCGUUGGCGCUCUGAGCGCUCCAUGGCCUCUUUGGUCAGAACACCAACGUCAAAUUCCAGUGUGUCUGCCAUCUUGGAUCCGUCCUUGAAUCGUGCGAACUGGGGAAACGUGAGGCAGUCAUGGAAGCACGUCAACAGCGAGGGGUCGACAGCGGGCUCCUGGCUUUCCAGUCGCUUGCUCAGUCAGGGAUCCAUCACAUCAUGGGCGCGCUCCUGGAUUUCCUUCAUCGAUUCAUCGUUCUUUACAACUCCCGCAAGCGCCUGCGACCUCAAUGAGUACCCCAUGCCUCUGGACCUCUCUACUCCCUUGGCCCCGGAAUUCUUGAGUCCUGUCGUGUACAGCCUUCUGCAGUCCACAGGCUUUGUAGACCCAAUGGCCAUCCGCUACACGUCCAAGAGCCGGCCCCCCAGCCCGGAAAUUCCUGCUGUCUUGUUCUUGGCCAUCUUGUCUGUCAUCAACAGAUAUGAACUGCGAUCCUAUCGAUUGAUGCGACCCCUCUGUUCUCCAGUUCCAGAUGCCGGAUCGUUCAUAACUGGCCUCGUCACCAUUCUAUCCCAGUACAUGCAACUUGUGACGGACCAGUUCCUGCAGUACAUAGGGCAGUACCUUCGGGCAUAUCUCAAGACAGCCACAAGUUCGAGGGCCCAGGGCAUCGAAGCGGUGGGUGUGGAAAUAACCCUUCCCCAGGAGGUGCGACGCAUGGUCGUUUUUGUGGACGAGGUGUGCAGGACAGCCGGGUGGCCAAGGUCCCGGGCGCAGAAGUUCAUACCCCCGUUGUUGAUGCAGGCAUGGAUGAUGGCUGAGCCUGGAAGUGGCCAAUGUGAGCGCCAAUGUGAUGGCUGA